GAGUUGCAUAAAAAGAGCACUGAUGAAAAGUUACUUGCCCAAUGUCCUGAUAUUCAGUGGCACUUUAUUGGCAGACUACAAUCAAACAAGAUUAAACUCCUCUUAAGCGUCCCUAACUUGUCUGUUGUAGAAACAAUAUCAAGCUUACACAUUGCUACCCUUAUAAAUAAGGAGUGGGCUAAGCGCUCUUCCAAGCUCCUUGAUAUUCUACUUCAGGUUAAUACAAGUGGGGAGGAGCAAAAGGGCGGUAUUCCGGUGCCUGGGGUUGUUGAACUGUACAAAUCGAUUUCUGAAUCCUGUGAUAAGCUACGAAUACGUGGAAUAAUGACAAUUGGGAAAUACGGCUAUGACCCAUCUCUUGGCCCAAACCCGGACUUUGUGUCGCUCGUUAAUUGCCGUGAAAGUCUCUGUCAUGCCUUAGAUAUACCAAAGACGGAAGUCGAAUUAAGCAUGGGCAUGUCUACAGACUUUGAACAAGCCAUAGAACUUGGAAGCCAGUUUGUUCGUGUUGGUUCCUCUAUUUUUGGAAGUCUAAUGUCUGACCAGGCCAACGAGGUUAGGCGCAACGAAGAUGGUCUACCAAUAGGCAAAGAUGGAAAGCCGUUAAAACCCUGCUGUGCCUGUCCGGAAACCCGCUUAGCUCGUGAUAACUGUAUAAUUCAACAUGGCGAGGAACAUUGCAAAGACUUCAUUGAUGCACACACAGCCUGUCUGCGUGCACUUGGUUUCAAAAUUUGA